AUUCACUGCAUUGUUAAGUAAAAAGGAACGGUGCAUAUUGGUUUACUCGAUUAUGCAUGAAACCAUAGGCUGCUCCUCUCUGACUCAAAAAGCAUGCAUUUUCAUUUCCAGAGAGGGAGAGAGAGGAGAGUUGAAGACAUGAUGCAAUUUUCAUGUCCAACAUUUCAAUUGAAAUCCCCAAUUCAAAAAACCCUAAAAAUCCAAUCAUGGCUUCCAUUGCCCUCCGCCUCUCCCUCCCCAAUCACUCCGCCGUCCGCCUCCCUCAUCCACCUCCCCAGUUCCGCCCCAAACCAACCACGACGAGGUGCUCCUACACUCCUACACCGGCGACGGAACGCCUAAUCUCCGCCGCGUCCUACCUCAUCCCCUUCUUCAACGGCCUCCACUACGGCCGGUUUCUGGUCGCCAAGUACCCUCCCCUCGCCGCCCCCUUCGAGCCCCUCAUCCGCCUCCUCUCGCGCUACCACUCCGUGCCCUGCGCCAGCUUCGUCGCCUUCCUCAUCUACCCCUGCGUCUUCAGGAACCCUAGCUUCAGCCUCUACGCCAGAUCCAACGCGCUGCAGGCUCUAGUUUUAGAUCUGCUGCUAGUGUUGCUGCAGAGGAUCACUGCUCCGGGCUGGACUGGGACCGGGAUCGGGUUCAAUCUCACGGCUUGGCUCUAUUCCGGCCUUCUAUUGUUUGUGGUGGCUGGCUUUGUCUCAAGUGUUGUUGGCAACAAUCCCUAUUUGUAUUCGCCAAUUGUUGCUCAGCCCGCCGGCCGCCGGCCGCCAGCUCGAAUCAUUUCUCUUUUUUGCCUUUCUUUUUUCUUUUUUAUCCUUUUUCCAACGCCUAAGGCUCUAUAGUCGUGGCUAUAAACAAAUCAAGUCGCUCACGAACUAUUCGGAGCUCGGCUCUAAAAAAGAUCGUUCAAGUUCGUUUAGAAAAGCUCGAUAAAUGAACAAAUCAAACUUGAGCUUAGCAGUAUUCGGCUCGUUAGGUCGUGAACAUGUUCGUCAAGUGAUUCAACUUGAAAAAUAUAAAUUAUUAGUAGA